AUGGAGAGCCUGUCACCUGGGGGACAACCUGGCCACCCUCACCAGGGGGAGGCCUCUGCCUGCUGGCAGCUCACCGUGAGGGUCCUGGAGGCGCGGAACCUGCGCCGGGCCGACCUGCUGAGUGAGGCUGACCCUUACGUGACCCUACAGCUGUCCACCGCACCUGGAAUGCAGUUUAAGACCAAGACGCUCACAGACUCCAGUCAUCCUGUGUGGAAUGAGGCCUUCAGCUUCCUUAUCCAAAGUCAGGUCAAGAAUGUUCUGGAGCUUAUCAUCUAUGAUGAAGACUCAGUCACAGAGGAUGACAUCUGCUUCAAGGUUCUCUACGACAUCUCAGAAGUCCUCCCUGGCAAGCUGCUCCGGAAAACCUUCUCCCAGAGUCCCCAGGGAGAGGAGGAGCUGGACGUGGAGUUCCUGAUGGAAGAAGCGUCAAAUCGCCCAGAAAACCUCAUCACCAACAAAGUCCUUGUGGCCCGAGAGCUGUGCAGCCUGGAUGUGCACCUGGACAGCUCAGAGAGCACCGCUGUGGUUGCAGAUCAGGACAAACUGGAGCUGGAGCUGGUGCUGAAGGGGUCCUAUGAGGACACCCAGACAUCUUCCCUGGGCACAGCCUCUGCCUUCCGCUUCCACUACAUGGCAGCCCUAGAGACAGAGCUGAGUGGGCGCCUGAGGAGCUCCGCAAGCAAUGGCUGGAAUGGAGAGAACUCAACUGAACACCUCACUGUGCCCCUGAGGCCCUUGACCAUCGGGAAGGAGGUGACCAUGGAUGUUCCUGCUCCACAUGCCCCAGGAGUGAGGCUGCAGCUCAAGGCAGAGAGCUGCCCCAAGGAGCUGGCCAUGCACCUGAGCUUCAAUCUGUGUGCAGAGGAGCAGGCCUUCCUGAGCAGGAGGAGGCAGGUGGUGGCCAAGGCCCUGAAGCAGUCCCUGCAGCUGGACAGAGACCUGCAGGAGGAUGAGGUACCUGUUGUGGGCAUCAUGGCCACAGGAGGAGGUGCCCGGGCCAUGACCUCACUCUAUGGCCACCUGUUGGCCCUGCAGAAGCUGGGCCUCCUGGACUGUGUGACCUACCUCAGUGGCGUCUCCGGCUCUACGUGGACAAUGGCCCACCUGUAUGGGGACCCUGAGUGGUCACAGAGGGACCUGGAGGGACCUAUCAGACACGCCCGGGAGCACCUGACCAAGAGCAAGCUGGAGGUCUUUUCCCCAGAGCGCCUGGUGAGCUACCGCAGGGAGCUGGAGCUGCGGGCUGAGCAGGGCCACCCCACCACCUUUGUGGACCUGUGGGCGCUGGUGCUGGAGUCCAUGCUGCAUGGCCAGGUGAUGGAUCAGAAGCUGUCAGGACAGAGAGCCGCCCUGGAACGGGGUCAGAACCCUCUACCCCUCUACUUGAGCCUCAGUGUCAAAGAGAACAAUCUGGAGACACUGGACUUCAAGGAGUGGGUUGAGUUCUCCCCCUAUGAGGUCGGGUUCCUGAAAUACGGAGCCUUCGUCCCUCCUGAGCUCUUUGGCUCCGAGUUCUUCAUGGGACGGCUGAUGAGGAAGACCCCUGAACCCCGGAUCUGCUUUCUGGAAGCCAUCUGGAGCAACAUUUUCUCCCUGAACCUGCUGGACACCUGGUAUGACCUCACCAGCUCCGGAGAGGCCUGGACACAGCACAUCAAGGACAAGACCAGGAGCUUAGAGAAGGAGCCCCCCACCUCCUCAGGGACCUCUUCAUGGCUGGGGGCCUCGUGGCUGCAGCCAGGAACGGCGCUGGCCCGGGCGUUUAAAGGCUUCCUCACUGGCAGGCCCCUCCACCAGCGCAGCUCCAACUUCCUCCAGGGCCUCCAGCUGCACCAGAACUACCGCAGCCACAGGGACUUCUCCACCUGGGCAGACUGCCAGCUUGACUCCACACCCAGCCAGCUGACUCCCCAGGAGCCUCAGCUCUGCCUGGUAGACGCUUGCUAUUUUAUCAACACCAGCUGCCCCUCCAUGUUCCGGCCGGGUCGCAGGCUGGACCUCAUCCUCUCCUUUGACUACUCCCUGUCUGCGCCCUUUGAGGCACUGCAGCAGACGGAGCUGUACUGCCGGGCCCGGGGACUGCCCUUCCCCCGGGUGGAACCCAGCCCUCAGGACAAGCACCAGCCAAGGGAGUGCCACCUGUUCUCAGACCCUGCCUGCCCAGAGGCCCCCAUCCUGCUGCACUUCCCACUGGUCAAUGCCUCCUUCAAAGACCACUCAGCCCCUGGUGUCCAGCGCAGCCCCACCGAGCUCCAGGCUGGCCAAGUAGAUCUCACCGGGGCUACCUCCCCCUAUGCCCUGUUCAACAUGACCUACAAGGAGGAAGACUUCGAGCGCCUCCUGCAGCUCAGCCACUACAACGUGUGGACCAGCCAGGGAGCCAUCCUGCAGUCCCUGAGGACUGCGCUGAAGCACCGGGCCCGAGAGGCAAAGCCUUCAGGGGCACAGAACUGAGGCUGCUCAGAGGCCCCAGGACCCUAAGGGCCACACUCUGACCCUCCAGGGCCUGCCGGAGAUCUGCAGGCUGAGAUCUGCAGCUGGCCUCAGCCUCAGCCCUUCCUGGCUGGAGCUGUGGGCUCUCCCAGGCCUGGGUGGCCUCUGCAGCUGGUCUCACUGCCCAGAGGGAACUGCACCCCAUGCAGAGUUCUCCCUCACGUUCAUGGCUGGCUUCGGAGGAGUUGAAAAUAACUUGGCCAGGCCAGUAUGUAGAACAGCUGGUACACCCAGACUGACUUUCACACCUCUUACUUCCAUGCCUGAGCAGAAUAGGUUUGAGGUGCACGCGGGAGGCAGCAGAUCAGGAGUAGGGACAGGAAGGACAGGGGGGGCCUGAACUGACAGGUGGCUUCAGGUCUCGGGAAUCACGGGACAUCCUGAACACGUUGCCUCCUCUUCCUUCUCCUCCUCCUC